AUGAAUAGCUUCAAUGUUAAUAAUACUAACGUUUUUUCAAAAGAAGUUGAAAGAAUAAACGAAAUUAUUUAUUUAUGUGAGAAAAAAAUUGAAUUAUAUAACAGUAAUAAAAAAGACCUAUAUAAUAAAUUAUCCAUUUUAUUAGAUUAUGAGAAUUUCUUAAACAAAAAAUUUUUUAAUUAUAAAUGCAAAUUAAAUGAAUUUAAAAAUGAAAAUGUUUCCUUAAAUAAGAUAACUGUAGAAAAUAAUGAUUUCGAAAGUAAUUUAAAAUUGAAUAAAAUAAGAAAGGACGAUAAACGAAUUACUAAAAAAAACAAAUGGAGAUUGCAAUAUUAUUUGAAAAGUAAGAAGUUUAAAAAUAAAAUAAAUAAAGAUAAAGAAUUAAAAAAGAAAUUACUAUUACUAAAAGUUAUAAAAUAUAAAAAUUCAAUAUUAAAUAAUAAUAAAAGAUUAAAAUUAUUUAGCUAUGAUAGAUCACAGAAGUCGAAAUUAUGCUUAAGAAAAAAAAAAUUUAAGAUAAGAAAAGAAGAAAAUCCUAAAAAUUCUUCAAAUUUAGGAAAACCUAAUGUUGGAAAUGAUAUGAAUUUAUGUAUGAAUAAAAUGGAGUGUAUUAAAAAUGAAAUAAAUAGUGAAUCAGAGAAUAGUAAAAUACAUAAGAGUAGUUUAUCAAAAAUCUUUAAAAUAGAGGAAAGAAAAAUGAAAAAUAAGGGAAAGUAUGAUAAACAUAAUUGUAUACAAAAUAAAGAAUUAAAUAUCACAAUAAUAAAUAAAAAUACAAAAGAAAAAAAGAUAAAUGAUAAUUUAGAAAAUAAGGAAGAUAAUAAAAAUGAAAAAGAUAAUACAAUAUUUAUAAAAAAAAAGAGAGAAAAAGAUUAUAAAGAUAAAAAAAAAAAAGAAAAAAAAAAAAAAAAACUGAAAAACAUAAGUCUAAUAGAAAAAGAAUGUAAAAAGGAUAAUAAAGAAAUAACUAAAAAUAAAAAUGUAUUAAAAAAUAUAGAUCAUAAUGAAAAAUAUGUAAAAUAUGGAAAAAACAUGAAUUACAAUGAAGAGAAGUUUAAAUUAUUUUUCGAUAAAGUAAAUGAAGAAACAGAAAAAUUCUAUGAAAACGAUGUAAUGAUAAGUGAUGAUUAUGAGGAAAAAAGAAAUAAAAGUUUAAAAAAAAAAACAAUGAUAACCAAUAAUAAUGAAUUAAUAAAAAAAAUAAAGAUAAGAGAAGAAAAUGAAUUAACAAAAGAAAUAGAAAUAAAUGAAAAAAAUGAAUUAAUAAAAGAAAUAGAGAUAAAUAAAGAAAAUGAAUUAAUUGAAGAAAUAAAGGUAAAUGAAGACACUGAGUUAGUAAAAGAAGCAAAAUUAAAUGAAAACAAUGAACUAAUUGAAGGGGUAAAAGUAAAUGAAAAUAGUGAAUUAAUUGAAGAAGUAAAAGCAAAUGAAAAAAAUGAAUUGAUAAAAGAAAUAAAGAUAAAUAAAGAAAGUGACCUUAUUGAAGAAAUAAAGGUAAAUGAAGAAACCGAGUUAGUAAAAAGAGUAAAAGUAAAUGAAAAUAAUGAACUAAUUGAAGAAGUAAAAGUAAGUGAAAAUAAUGAAUUAAUAAAAGAAAUAGAGAUAAAUAAAGAAAAUGAAUUAAUUGAAGAAAUAAAGGUAAGUGAAGAGACCGAGUUAGUAAAAGAAGCAAAAAUAAAUGAAAAUAAUGAACUAAUUGAAGAAAUAAAGAUAAAUGAAGAAACAGAGUUAGUAAAAGAAGUAAAAGUAAAUGAAGAAUGUGAACUAAUUGAUGAAAUAAAGAUAGAUAAAGGAACAGAGCUAGUAAAAGAAGUAAAAGUAAAUGAAGAAGGUGAAUUAAUUGAAGAAAUAAAGAUAAGAGAAGAAAAUGAAUUAACAAAAGAAUUAGAAAUAAAUGAGAAAAAUGAAUUAAUUGAAAAAUUAAAGGUAAAUGGGAAAAAUGAGUUAAUAAAAGAAAUAGAGAUAAAUAAAGAAAAUGAAUUAAUUGAAGAGAUAAAGAUAAAUGAAGAAACUGAAUUAAUAAAAGGAGUAAGAGCAAAUGAAAAUAAUGAAUUUGCAAAAAUAAUGAUAAAAAAUAAUAAAUGUAAUGCUAAAAAGAAAAAUAAGACAAUGAAAGAAAGUACUAAUAAAAAUUACAAGAGUGAUAAUAAAAAAAACAAAACUCAGAACGAAAGAAAUGUUGAAAAUGAAAAAUUAAUUAUUGACAAUGAAAGAUUUUUAACAGAGAUUCCUCCUGAACUUAAAUCAAUAAAGAAUGAAAAAAAAAAAAAAAAAUAUAAAGAAAAGAAGAAAAAAGUAGAAAAAAAAAAAGAAAAGAAAAAAGAAGAAGAAAAAAAACCAGAGGAAAAGAAGAAUGAAGAAAAAGAAAAAAUUAAGAAAAAGGACAAGCACAUAAAAGAAGAAACCAAAUUGCAAAUUAAAACAUUUGAAAAUGAAAUUGUUCAUGAUAUUCUUAGUGAAUAUUCUAAUACAUUACAAUAUACGAGUUUUUUAGAUUAUAUAAAAAAUAAAAAGGAUUCAAAAUAA